UGUGUUUGUGUUGUGUAUUGUAUUUAUUGGCAAAUAAUUUAUUAACAAUUGAUUAAUACAUUUGAAUCGAUAAUCAAUUAAAUAUAUUAUUAUUAUUACUUUCGGUCACCAAAGACAUGGACACCGCAGCCAUCAAUGCACUAAAAGUGGCGGACCUGAAGAAAGAGCUGAAAGCGCGCGGACUAUCGAUAAUCGGUGUUAAAUCGGAAUUAGCGGCCCGUUUAACGUCGGCCAUCAACGAUGAUGUUGAACAACUGUCGCCGCCGUUAGCCGCCGACGACGAUGACGACGAACCCAGCGAUGAAGAUCUGUUGGGUGCCGACGAUUCUGUAACCGAUUUGUCAGUUGCGAAAGCGGCCAACGACGAUGACGCCGCUGCUGCCGCCGAUGAUGAUCAUCUAAUUGACGACGACUUGUUGGCCAACGAAUCAAAAUCGGCGACAAUGAUUGUUACGUCGCCCAAGAAAUUGAUUCACAGAACCUUUACAACAGUUUCCGAUACUAACAGCAAAGCUGUUUCGCCGCAAAAGCCGUCAAUUGUGGCGACGACGACGACGAGCGCUAGCAAUGGCAGCGCAGAUACAGCGGCAUCACUGAAGACGACAACUACGACAAAUGCCACUCAACUGACUGCCGAUCAGAAGAAAGAGCUGAGAGCCCAGAAGUUUGGCGACAAUAAAUUGACCGAAAGAGCCCAACGAUUUGGUAUAAACAACUCGGCCACUGCCGCAAGUUCUUCAGCGACUACUACAUCGGCAUCUGCAAAGGUAACCCCCAUUUCCGAUGAGAAGCUCAAGGAAAGGGCCCAACGAUUUGGAACUAUAUCGACAAAGUUGAAGAAGAUUGAGGACAAUGAAAAGCUAAGCAAAAGAAAAGAGAGGUUCGGUAUCGUAACGAGCAGUCCUACUACCGAUUCCGCUGUCACUACAGGCGCUAACAACAGCAACGACAACAACAAGAGGAAGAUAACCUAUUCGGACAGCGAGGCGAAGAAACAGCAGAGAUUGUCACGAUUUGGAACCGUCUCUUAAAAUGAUUUAAGAUUUUGCCGACAAUAUUAUAAUUGUUUAUUAAUUUCAUUGUCAUAAAUAUCAAGUAUAAGAAAAAUAUUUGUUUAUUUAGCAUAAAUCAUUACCCGCUAUAUAUAUAUAUAUAUAUAUAUCUACUAU